AUGAACGAAUUUGUUGGUGGAAAUUCGCUUAAUUUUAAUUCGGGCGAAGAAACAUUAUUAAAGUAUUCAAAAUUAUUAGAAUCCUAUUUAGAAGAAAAAGAUGUAAAAAUAUUUGAUUACUCACAAUUUAGAAUCCUUAAACAAAUUGAAAAAGGAAGAUUCGCAAUAGUUUAUUUGGCUACUUUCGAACAAAAUAAUUAUGCUUUAAAAAGUUUGCAUAAUAACAUUCAUAUGGAUAAAGAAGAAAUCAGACAACUUACUCGUGAGCUUACAAAUCUUUAUGAGUCUAACCAUCCUAAUAUUGUCAACCUUUUUGGAAUUUCAAGAAAAAUUUUGAAAGACAAAAGGCAAGAAAUUGUUGACGGUACACCUUCUGUCUAUGUUAAUCUAUUUGUUAAAUGCUGGUCACUUGAUCCCAAUGAACGACCAACUUUGAAUAUAAUUUUUGACCAACUUGAAAAGCUAUCUGCUGAAAAUAUUGAAUGCAUUACAAAUAAAGUUGAUAUUUGUCAAAAACACGAUUCAUCAUUGUCUGAAAAUUUAUCUACGAAUGGAAACUAA